AUGGAAUGGGAAAUUAAGAAGCGUUUUAAUAAUUCGGAGUUUACGACUGGUACAAAUACAAACGCAUUAUUUAUAAAAAGCGUUAAAUUGUUGAUUCUAGCCUUAGUAUUACUAUUAAAAUUAGCUAUGCUAAAUUUUAAAAGAUCAUUUGACGUAGAUGCCGCAAAUUAUAUUGAUGAGUUAUUAUCAAAUAAAUCAUUUAUUGACAUUAAGAUAGUAGGGGGUAAAGCAGCGAACAUAAAAAACCACCCCCAUCAGGUUUCUGUUCAAGAGAACGGCUUUGGACAUUUUUGCGGAGGAUCCUUAAUUACACGCAAAUGGGUAUUAACUGCUGCGCAUUGCUUUUACGGCUCCAAAACUCCAAUUUCUAAAUAUUUUAUUAGAGCUGGUUCAACUUUUCAUAAUAAAGGUGGUGUAAUUGGUUUUCCGUUGAAAAUAUAUAUUGCUAAAAAAUAUAAUCCCAGAACUAAUGACUGGGAUAUAAGCCUCAUUAAAUUAAAAAAUCGAUUCUCAAAGAAAUUGACAUCACAAUACCCCAUUCAACGCAUAACCCUUAGGAAAACUUUACCACCCUCAAAAACGUAUUUAACCGUUACAGGAUGGGGAGCGAUGCGCGCCGGAGCUGUUAUGUUACCAACGCAAUUGAGGAAAACUAGAGUUCCUUUAAUUAGCUUUCAAUAUUGCAAUAGAAAAACAAAUAAUGCUGGAAUGAUAACAAAAAGGCAAUUUUGUGCAGGUUUCAAACAAGGUGGCAAAGAUUCAUGUCAAGGUGAUUCUGGCGGACCUAUUACAAUACGUAAUAGACUAGUAGGAAUAGUUUCCUGGGGUCUUGGUUGUGCCUUUAGAAAUUCACCUGGAGUAUACACCAAAUUACCAGCAUUUUUAAAAUAUAUAAAAAAACUUGUGAGAAAUGGGUAA